GAAAGGAUGCUCCAGAAGCUCUGUAAGUACGCCAACCCAAGCCAGGACGUCCGUUGGCCGUUCUCCGGUCGCAUCCUUGACUGCGUCCGAGCGUCUGUGGUCUGCCACAACACUUCUCAGAUCCUUGAGAUCUACAAGUGGUUCGAAGACGAGAGGAAGACUCGGUUACCCAUCUGCCGUGUGAAGAACAAGUUUGCAAUGCAGACAGUGCCCGACGGGUAUCGCGACCUGACCCUCUGUGUCAUCUUCACGGGAGAAUGUGGACUCAAAAUUAUUGGGGAAAUCCAAAUACACGACAAGCAGAUCCAUGAUAUCAAGAUGCAGGUAAGAGAGCUUGUACGUUUUCUUGGUCGUCUAAUCUUGUACAAGAUGCACAAGCUCUAUAAGGUGAAGCGCGCUGAGAAGCCAAAUGAUGUCUAGUCGGUAAUCGUGUGCUUGUUCUCUGCCUCGCGCCAGCCAUUCGGCUGGCGCGACAGCAUUAGGGCACACGGCAUGUCAAGGUCAAUAAAGAUAUAAUGCUCAC